AGCAGAAGCGAAUGAAUGUCAUAGUCUCCAGGAUGUUAGUGCAACACCUCGGCUGGUUCAAAGCGAACUUCAGCAAUUGCGUGGUGCAACAUCUCCUUCAUGAGCACUCCAUGGAAUCAGCACAAAAGAGUCUCCUGGUAAACCUUGGAAUGUUUUAGGAAAAUCCGAGUACAACCCAAGGGGCUAUUGGCAUCUAUGAGCGUCUACUGCAAUAUGUACCCAACGUCAACAAUAAACCUCUUCAGACUCUGGCUUUUGGCGAUGGUCUCAGUUGUGAACGGGGCUGUAGUGCCAUCAAAGCCGACUCAAUGGUCUUGAUGAAUGGGCACGACUUGGGGGUCUAGAGCCAUCAGCCCAAGAGUUUCACAAGGAGAUGCUUCUUUCACAAGAGCACUUUGAUGAAUUCUUCAAAAGAGCAAGUGGAGGUGAAAAGGGAACGCUUUUCUACUUGAAAAACUUAUGCAAUUUCCGAAAUGUGAAAGCAGACAUUAGUGACAACUUCUCGCAUUUCUGGGAGCUGAUGUGUCAAAACACUGAGGCAUUCGUCACGUUGCCGGCCAAGGAACUUUCAGGGAUUGAGAACACCUCAGAUCGUCCAGAAAACCCGCCAGUCGACAUAGAGACGGAGUCCAAAGAAAAGAGGAAAGAAUAUAUGGAUGCAAUAUGCCAGAAAAUAACGUCACACGUGUGGCAUCAACUUAACACCGAUGCACUGAAGGUAGAAGCAACGGGAAUUGAUGACUUGUCACUGUACUGCUGCAAUGAAAACUUUAUUGGGUGCGAGAAGAGGGGACAGUGUCUAAAGGGGCAAUGGUUUCACUACUCUUGUGCUGGUGUGGAUCCAGAAAAUCUGCCAAACACCUAGUACUGCAGCGAUGAGUGUCGAGAUAACAGUGAAGGUCCUUAUGCUCUUUGUUAUUGCUCCAAGAAUCUGGGAGAGGACG